GAGCGUCCCACAGCUUUUGGGCACAUUGACUUCUCAUGCAAGACUCUUACUCAGUUCCUAACUUCCGGGUUGGUUUGUCGGCUUAUGUGGUUGUCCUCGGACUAGCGGCUUAAGUUAGCAAACAAUAAAGAACCUCAGGAUUUUAGCUCACCUAACGUAGGAUACCUCCAAAUAAAAGAUAGUAGCAAACACAGGAGUUCGUGCCCUUUCUAUAGCGUUAUUUAGUGUGAAAAUUGUGAUCGAUAGAUGUGUGCAACUCAUCUGUAUAAAGAGAGCCCAAGGUAUUUUGCUGCCGGAGACGAAGGACAAGACCUCCGAAGAUUGCAUCUCUAUGAUCAAUGCGAGAAAAGCGGCUUUUCACAGACGAUGAGCAACUCUAAAAGAGCCGGGAAAGGAACUGGCGCCAUCUUGGGUCUAGAAGGCCGUUACAUCAGAAAAGCUCCUCUGCUUGAGCUCAUGAGGUCAUUGUCAUGUUCUUUGUAUCAUGCAAGACUACUCACCUGCCUCACAGGCCUCUGUGAUGUCACCAAUUGUACAGCAACUGAUAACACCCAAGACGAACUGUCCUUGCCUUGUCCACUGGACUUUUUCUUCAUAAUAAGCUGAAUGGCAGGUUGAUUUGAGAUGGAACAUGCACAGAUGGAAUGAGGAAGACAGCACAGCAUACAACUCCGGACUCUCCUGUCGCAUCUGUGCGCAUCAGCCUCUGGGCUUCCUUUCGGCUUUGACCCAGCUGCGUCAUUAGUCACAGCGCUACUUGUCCUUAGUUCUUCCCCAGUAGCUCGUGUGACAUCUCCCUUUUUGGAAAUGCUGUCUAUGUUUGGUGCAGAGAAGGAUGAAGACAGGCUUCUGAAAGCCAGCCGCAACCUGUAUGACUGUGUCUACAUGUUUGCCUCUUCAACCAACACCAUAUUCCGAAUGCUCAACCAGUUUCUUGGAACUGACAUGGCCAUCAUUACAAUAAGGGAAAACCUUAGCAUCAAAGAGAAUCUUCAGCUUCUGAUAAGUGCUCUAAAAGAGAUGCAAGAGAAAGUAGAUGUAACGGCUAAGGAUGUCCAGCAGCAAGUCAGCCAUCUAUUGUAUUCAAAGAUUGUGCUACCUUCCACCUCUGUGGAUGAAAAACUCAAGCUUGUAAAGCAACUUUAUGGGCAAUAUAAAGGAAACUUUGAAAAUAUCUGUGGUCCCAUUUCUGCCGUCCUAAUGAAGAAUGGUAAUCUCCCUGAUAAACUUGAUACUGUCAUUCGGGAUUUAAUGAGCAGUCCUGUGCUCUCUCUUCGAGUGGCUGACCUUCUCAUGACCAAAGAAGAAAUUGUUAAAGCACUUCCAGACUCCGAUGCUGCUUCAUCCCAAGUAGUGACUCCAGGGACAGCACGAGCAAGGGCUCAGAGCCAACCUAUAAUUAAAACUACUUUCUCACUUACUAACUUCAUGCGGGUGGUUUUUAAAGGACAGCCACCUAAGAAAACUAUUGAAUUAGCAGCAGAUUGCCUUGAAGAGGCUGUCAAGAUAUUGAAGCCAGCUUGUGAAAAUUUCCAAAGCAUUGUUAAGACAGUUCAAGAGUACGUCACAUUGAUUGUUGAUAAGCUGCAGUGAACCAGAAGUUGAUUGCUCAGCUGUUAGAAACUCACUUCUGUUUACACACCAGGGAAGUUGUACAAAUAAUAAAGAGAAAAAUUCUGAUUACAGCAUCUGCAUUUCCUUCCGUAACAUUUUUAAUGUAAAUAUUUGAACACUGCACUAAGAAGAAUAAACUAGGUACACUUUAGAUUUUCUAGAUUUCAAUCCUAAAAUAGGUAGUUUUAGAUUUCUAGUUUAGCAAGGUACAGCUGGUAAAAAUGCAGACAGAGAAAUAUCUGAAGAAACUGUGCUAUUAAAAAAACUAUACAAACGUUUUAAUGAAAUGUGUGUUUGAUAUUACUGCAAAAGGCUAUGCAGAAAUGUGUGUACAAAAAAAUGUAGGGAUGGCUACACACACACAGAGGGUGCAGGGGGGGGGCUGCUCAACCCCAAAACAGAUCCAGCCUUAUUAGACAGUCCCUCAAACAUUGAAACCCUUUGAGGAGCAGACUGAUGUUUGAUUGAGCUGCUUGACAGGACCCAAUCUCCCUUCCGUGCCAGUUCCUCUCUUCCCCUCUGCCGCAGCGACUCAUCUUCUUCUGUCCUUCCAUCUCUUCCUCCUAGUCUUCAUGAUCAUUGUCUUCAUCCCACUCUUCCUUGCCCAUCAUUUUAAUCUCCCUCAUCAUCAUCAUCAUCAUCAUCCCUGUGUCCACCAUCACCAUCAUCCUUGAUCCCAGUCCCUGGUUGGACAGAAUCUUACUAGGCAAGCAACACUGGUUUGAAUAAUUUUAAUAGUAAAGUCCCAUCUGUCCUUCCCCUCCCUCCUUAUUCUGCGUCUGCACUUGCUUUUAAAAGCAAGUGCAGGUACAAUCAGCAUUUUGCUUCUGCCUGGGAACUCCCCACAUCCCUAGACAUAGAAUAGAUCUGCUAGGGAAAGCUGGAGUUGUAAUUAACCCCUGCCUCAUGCAAUUCCAGGCAGAAGCAGAUGCUACAGCAUCAAGUUCCAUCUGCUUUGCUUUUAAAAACAAGUUUGGAGAAAAGAUGGAGGCACAGGACAGGCUGGCUUUUUGCAUUCAAGCUGCUGCCACCAGCCACCGCUUGCCUGGUAAGCAUUAGGUUUAGGCCUGCAGGGUGCACACAUAAGCAGAAUCAGGGCAAGAGAUAGCUCAAGAUAGGCUGGGCUUCUUGCCCCUUUCACUUGCAGAAAUCAAGCAGGAGCGUUACACUUUGUGACUGCCCUACUUGAUGUCUCAUGACACCCUAAGAAAAUGGCAUAUUUAUGUCUUUAGCAUACUUCAUUGUCAGACUCAAACGCAAAUGUUUGAGUAUAAGUCACUCAGCUCCAAGUGUUCUGGGAUGUCCCAUUAUACUUUUUUUUUUUGCUGGCUCUUUUCUGGACCUCUUCUAACUCCAUGAUAUACUUAGAUUUGUAUAAGGGCAUUAUUGGGUGAUAUAUUUACAAACCCCUUCUGAAUUCACCUUUUCCACAGCUGCCACAAAGUGGGUUGACAUUUUUAUUGAACUAUCCACCGUAACUCCAAGAUCUCUUUCUUGAUUAGUCCCUGCCAGUUCCAACACCAUAAGCAACAUUUGCCAUUUUAAUGACCAUUCAUCCAGCAUGAAGAUAUCCCUUUGGAGUUCCUCACAAUCCCUUUCUGUUCUUAUUACCCUGAAUAAUUAGGGUCAAAAGAAAACUUGGCCUCUUCAAUGUUCAUCCCUAACUCCAGGUCAUUUAUGAAGAAGUUAAAAAGCACAGAUCACAGAUGCUUCAAGGAACCCACUUCUUACACCACCUCAGUUGUGAGAACUGUCCUUUUAUUCCUCCUCUUUGCAAUGCCUCCUGAUCUUUACUGAUACUUGUCCAUAAGAGGAUCUGUCCUCUUAUCCUAUGACCGCUAAACUUACUCAAGUGUCUUUGGUGAAGGACUUUACUGAAAGCUUUUUGAAAGGCUAAGUUCAUGAUUGUAUUGGCCCAUGGGCAAGCUUAGCAGCUAUAUUAGCAGAAUAGCUGCCUGUAGGCAAGGGGGCUUAUAUUCCCCCCCCCCAGCCUUAGUUCUUGUUAGUUUAGCAUUCAGCGUUUAAUCAUGCAGGGAGAUGGGUCAAGGACGGCCAAUGAGCCCAGAGCCACCUGGAGUCUAAUCUGGGGUUCCUAACAAGCAGUUGGUGUGAUGCUAUGCCAAGAGUGUCUGUGUGAUGCUGGGAAGGUGCGUCGUUAAGCAGAUAGUGUAGAUUUUAGAGUAAUUAAUGUCCUGCCAGGCAAUUAGGGGCAUGCAGCUUAGUUGGUGUUAUGCUGUAUGAUGUAGCCUUUUCUAGUAAUUAGUAUCUCUUUGAAGUUGUCCUGUUAAAUCAACGAUCAGUGGAAUAUUAUUCUGAGACGCAAUGAUUUAAUGCUUUGCAGUUAUCAAUCAUUUAUGUAACUUCAUCAUUGACAUGUAUGUUAUAAAAGUGUCUCCGGUGCCCAGUAUGAGUGU